AAUGGAAAACAAACUCAUUCUUGGAUAUUGGGCAAUAAGAGGAUUAGCUUAACCAAUUAGAAUGUUCCUUGAAUAUUUAGAACUUCCUUAUGAAGAAAAAAGAUACACUGACCCAUAAGAAUGGUUUGGAAAGGAUGAUUAAACAUUCAAUAGUCCAUUUACAAAUCUUCCUUAUCUUAAAGAUGGAAAUCAUGUAAAUAUUUUAUAAUAUGAUUAGACUGUUUUUGAAUCAGAUGCUAUUUAUUAUUACUUAGCUCAUAAAGCUAGCAAAGUAGAAUUACUUGGAAAAGAUGCAAUUUAACAAACUUUAGUAGCAACAAUUAGAGGAGUUAUCACCGACUUAAAAGCUUCAUUUUUAGGAUGGACCUAUGGUAAUAAAGAAACAGCAGAAGCUAAAAAGGAAGAUAUGUUGAAAGAAACAGGAGAAUUCUUCAGAGCUUUUAAUACUACUUUAGAAAGAUCAACAUGGUUAACAGGAGAUACUAUUACCUAUGUUGACUUUGUAUUAUGGGAAUAUAUUGAUGAAUUCUUAGUUCUUGCUCCUGAAGUCAUUACUUCAAAACCAAAACUUGUUGAAUUUCAUAACAGAAUUUCUGAAUUCCCAUAAAUAAAGAAAUAUCUAGAAAAUCCAAAUUACAUUAAAAGACCAUUUAAUUCACCUCCCUAUGCUGUAUUCUUUUGAGUUCAUUUAACAUAGAG